AUGGAGAGGUUAGUGGAGGCGCUGCGACCCGACGGGAUGCAGAGCAAGGAGGCCAAGAUUCUCAUGCAGCUAUUGGACAAGUGGGAUCUUCAGCACCCCUUCAACGCAAGCGAUGAAGAAGUUGUCAAGGACCUGGUCGGCUACUGGGGUCUUGGAUCCAAUGGCGUGUUCUGUUUGAUGCGCAUCUGUGUGAAUCAGGAUGUCUUUGCUGUGGACACCCACACUUACCACAUCACAGGUCUCUGGGGUUGA